UUAAUGCUUUUGGUUGGAGCAUACUGUCUCAAGCGCCUCGCGAGCUCAAGGAAGAGGUCGUUGCCGCUCCCACCUGGGCCAAGGCCGCUUCCGAUUAUUGGGAAUCUUCUUGACGUCCCUUCCGAAUCUCCGUGGCUGACUUUCGCUGAAUGGAAACACCGCUUCGGCCCGGUAUCCUCUGUCUCCAUCCUGGGCCAACGCACUGUCAUCCUCAACACCCUUGCAAGCAGCACCGCGUUCUUCGACAAGCGCGGCGCUGCUUACUCAGACCGCCCGCAGCCGACGAUGGCAUGCGAGCUCGUCGGGUAUAAGGACAGAUUGAUGAUCUUCCUCAAUUAUGACGCUCAGUUCAAGCACUUCCGCACGCUCAUUCGGCCCGUCAUGGGAUCGCGUGCGGCAGUCGCGCAGUAUGGUCGGGAAUUGGAGAGGGAGGCGAGGAGAUUUGUGCGGGAUGCCAUGACGUUGGAGAACGAGGAAGAUUCUAGAGAGCUGGAGGUACUUAUUCGAAGAACGGCGGGUUCAAUCAUCUUGAAGAUCACGUACGGAUAUGAAGUCCAAGGAGCAAACGACAGACUUGUGAAGGUGGUUGAAGAGGCCAUGUCACAUUUCGCACAUGUUACUACGCCUGGAGCGUUCCUCGUGGAUAGUAUACCUUUCUUGAAGUACAUUCCCGAAUGGAUACCUGGAAUGUCGUUCAAACGAACUGCCAAACACUAUGCACAGUCCUUCACGAAGAUGAUUGAGUAUCCAUACCGUACUGUGAAGGAACGAAUGGCCACGGAGGAUGCACCUCCCUCCUAUGUCUCAAACUUGCUCUCUGAAAGGCCAGACAUUGACGUAUCAGAGGAGAACGACAUCAAGCUAUCUGCUAUGGCGCUAUACGCAGGGGGCGCUGAUACCACCGUAUCGGCAGUCCAUAGUUUCUUCCUUGCGAUGACGCUUCAUCCCUCCAUCCAGCGCAAAGCGCAAGAGGAGGUCGACGCCAUCGUGGGUGCGGAUAGGCUCCCGACAUUUGAGGACCUUGAGCACUUGUCAUAUGUAGAUGCGGUGUGUAAGGAAGUGUUGAGGUGGCUUCCUGUCGUGCCUUUGAAAGAGUCGAUACCGCAUAUAUCAACGGCGGACGACGUAUACGAGGGGAUGAUCAUUCCAAAGGGGACGCAACUGAUUGCGAAUCUGUGGGAAAUGUUGCACGACGAGGAGACCUACCCGGAUCCGCACACGUUCAACCCCGAACGCUUCUUCGGUUCAGGUGCAGACGGGAACCCCCAACUCGAUCCGCGCACGAUCUGCUUUGGGUUCGGGCGGAGGAUAUGCCCUGGUCUACAUCUUGCGUAUCCGUCGAUGAUGCUUGAGGCUGCGACGGCGCUCGCGACGCUCAAUAUCGGCAGGGCGACCGACAAAGACAAAAAUGAGAUCGUACCAGAGGUUAAUAUUCUUCCUGGUACGAUAUGUCAUCCUAUCCCUUUCAAGUGCAAAGUUACCGCUAGGUCCGAGGAAGCGCGGGACCUCGUGCAGGAGAUUUAGAGGCGCGCUGCCUGAAAGAGGAGCUGAGCGCUGAAGUAGGCUGGUUUUUGAACGAUCCGGAUAGGGAUUUGGUUCGAUCGAGGUUCUAAUUUGAGC